CAAACAGCUCAGCUUUCCGAUCGCGGCGAUCGGGAAGCGGUCUCUGUCCGGCCAUGAAGAAGCUCUUCACCCUGGGGCCCCAGUACCACGGUCACGGCAAUGUCAUUUUCGCUUGGCAGCCGAGUGGCAACUACGUGGCCUCCAUCGGGGAAGGAUCCAGGAAUCUCUUCCUCUUCGACCGGCGGGGCGUGCAAGUGGAGGAGGUCUCCUUGAAGUCCACGGGCAAGGUCACCCAGUUGGAGUGGGACAAGGACGGCGAGAUCCUGGCCAUCCUGCAACAGAAGGAGGAGACGGUGAUGCUGUGGCGGCACGCGGAGAACAAGCUAGACAUGUUGGAGAUGAGCUCCAAGGACCCCACGUGGCUGUCCUGGUCAAAGACGGGGCCGCAGCUGGUGAUCGGCACAGCCAGGGGCAACCUCAUCAUCUACAACAAGAGGACCAUGAAGAAGCAGACCAUCAUGGGCAAGCACUCCAAAAGGAUAACAGCCGGAGCCUGGCACGGUGAGAACGUCUUCGCCACAGGCUCUGAGGACAAGACGGUGUGCCUUAGCAAUGAAGAUGGGGACGCUCUCGAAGGCACCGAUGAGCCGCUGAGAUUGAAGAACGAUCCCAGCAUGAUGCAGUUCUCGGAUGUGAAGGGCGACUCCGACUCGCGGGAGAAGGUGGUGAGCAUUGUGCUGGGCGAGGUGACCUUGCUGCUCUGCAACCUGAAAGAGCCCCAAAAGCCCACGGAGCUGGCCUUUCAGCCCAAGUACGGCACCAUCAAGGCCUACGCUUGGUGCGGGGAUGGCUACCUGGUAGUUGGCUUCUCGCAAGGCUACAUUGUUGUCAUCAGCCCACAGCGAGAGAUCUCCGAGGAGGUGUCCUCGGUGAAGUAUCACCGCAACACCUUGGACUCCCUUUGCGUCAGCAAGGCUGCUGGGAAGAUCGCCAGCGCGGGGGAUGAUGGCAUCAAGAUCAUUAGCAUGAAGGACUGGACGGAGCUCAGGAACGAGAAGAUCCAGAUUCGACCUGAAUCUAAGGUGACGCAAAUGCACUGGUCGGACGAUGGAGAGCUGCUGUCCUUCUGUACAGAGGCUGGCUGGGUAUACUGUUUCCUCGCCAAGCUCACCGCUCUCUCUGGCACCUGCAACACUCGGCUGGCGUAUUUGACCUCCCUGCGGGAAAUGACGGUCAUCGAGGGCAUCAACGAGAACGAGAACAAGGUGGUGAUCAACACAGACGUGGAGCCCGCCUUCGUGGCCUUGGGGCCCUCGCACUUAGCGACCGGCAUGAACAAUCGAAUUUGGUUCUACUCUUGCACGGACCAGUCCACUGCGCAGUGCGUCAACGAGCAGGAGUACAUCGGCAGUGUGGAGAGCGUCAGUCUCAACUCCACCCACGCCUGCGUGCUCAUCGACGGACGCCGUGUGGCACGGUUUGCGUCGUCCAUGGCAGGCGAGGGCUUGAAGCGGCGCCGGGUCGAGGUGCCCCUGCGGGUGGGCCUGGUCGGCUUGGGCUCCAUUGGCCAGAUGGUGGCGCAGACGCUCACGCAGCCGGAUGGGCAGCUGCCGAAUGUCGCCCUGGGGGCCGUGCUGGUCCAGAGGGAGCGGCCGGAACGACCACCUGAGCUCGGCGACCAGGCGUUGCUGACCACCAGCGCGGAGGCAUUCAUGGCUGCAGACUGGUCUUUGUGCGUGGAGGCAGCCGGGCAGCCGUGGGUCCGCUCUCACGGCCGGGAAGUCUUGGCGCAGGGCCGCGAUCUUCUGGUCACCUCCGUGGGCGUCUUUACCGAUGACAAGCUCAUGGAGGACUUCUCAUCCGUUGCUGCCUCUUCUGGCUCCCGACUUCUGCUGCCCGCUGGCGCCAUGCCUGGCUUGGACUGGAUGUCCAGCGCCGCACUGGAUGAGGUUCAGGAGGUCACCGUGGAGCAGCGCAAAAGACCAGAGGGCUGGCGGGGUACCCCGGCGGAGAGCCGCAUGGACCUGGCGGCGCUGACGGAGCCGCAGACGGUCUUUGAAGGCCCGGCGAGAGAGGCUGCCAGCCAGUUCCCAAAGAACGCCAACAUCGCGGCAGCGCUGGCGCUGGGAACGGUAGGAUUGGACAGGUUGACGGUGCGGCUGGUAGCAGAUCCCACAGUGCCAGGACCCACCAGUCGCAUAACCCUGAAGGGUGCCUGCGGCGAGCUGGCCAUUGAGGUGAAAGGCAAACCGCUGAGCCAGCGCACCUCCCGCAUCGUGCCCUUCUCAGUGCUGAAAGCGCUGAAGAACCUGUCCUCACCGGUGAGUAUUGGCCUCUAG